AAUUUCACAGUAUGUCUGGAAGGUCGAUGGCGGUCCAAUAGGAAAAUUACGCACCCCCAGAUUUUUUUCGUGUGAACCAAGGAAGUUUCAUUCUUCAAAAACCACCCUUCGGUUUUGGGUUAUCGAAGCCAUUGUACUCGACGUAUUGAAUCAUCAAUGUUUAUGAUACAGAUGGGAUUUUUUUCCUCACAAUUAUACGUCAUAGAAUCAUCAAUGUUAAUAAUGCAUACGUGUUACUAUCAUGACAAUUGAAAAAUCGAUAGGUUUAUCAAAGAAACCUACGGGCCGAAUGUAUUUAUAAAGAGGCGAUGAGUUUGAGCUUCCGCUAAAGGUUUACAGAAUGAACUCCCAUAUGUGUUCAAAUAUUGACUCUAGUGUGGUACUUUUAAAGUCUAUCUUAUAUACUUGUUUGUUUCAUCGGGUCAGCUCACGUUGGACCCCACUGAAAUUUAAAAAGACAUUAUCUUACGAACGUUAAAUGGAUUGCAGUUUCUGUAUAGAGCGCCGAUAGAUCUUUAUAAGUAGAAAGAAGGGGUGCAUUAAAUGGACGGAAUUAUGUAUGUACGGCGUCCUUAGUUACAAUGGGAAGAAACAUACCAUCUGCAGAUUGCACAGAAACUUGAAUAAGCAGUUAUCUCCUUGCUCGAGUGAAAAACAAAUACGUGCAGAUAGUUGGGGUCUACUUCUUUUCACGACGGUUUACAGUUCACGGUGCCUGAUUUGGAUUUACGGACUAGCCGUGUAAGCCCAUUGGCGGACAUAGAACUUCUUUUCAGAUUAUGGAGUAAUCAUUUGAUUAAUUCCUUUCAUGCACAUAAAAAAGGACCUGUGAAUGCGUACAGUGACUGUUUGCUGGUUAAAUAGAUCUCCUCUUUCUUUUUAUUUGAAAGGUUGCACCAAACAAGCAACAAUGACUUCCGACCAAACAAGAUAUCUUGUUUGACAUUUUACUGAAAGGCGGGAUUUUGUGUUCAUUUAUAUGAAAGGAAAUCAAAUCAUGGAUUCGGAUUCAUUUCGCUGGGCUGUUUUCACCAACAAGACAGGCCAGGGGCCGGCCAAUCUUAAAGAUCUGAGAAUCAGUACGAUGAAAUUACAACAACGAGCGUUGACUGGAAAGGCCCAGGAGCGGCGGAAAACAGUCUCAGAUGGCCCGCUACAGAAGAGAACCUUAAGCAAAUAUCCAAUGCAGCAUACGAGAGAAGAUUCAGUGAAAAUGGCCCAAUCUCAACAAUGUGUCCGAUCACAUUUAGAACGAAGGGUGAAGCAGGCUAGAAUAGACAGUGAAAAUCUGAGAGAUUACAGUCAAAAGAUGUUCGAUUCUGUGAUUCAAGCGAAAAAUCAGAACAGUGCUAUUCGUCCAAGUACUGCUAUGGUACCAGACUACGUUUCAAAGUAUCAAAAUGGGACUACAGGCCCUUCAAGAAGCGGAAGCAUCAUGUACAAUGUUCGAAGUCAGAUUCUGAAUUCUAUAAGACUGCGUCCGAAUUCAGAGCCUCCUUUAAAAUUCAAACAUGAGCGAUCCACUGAAAUUCGCACGGAAAUACGCAAUACUCUUUCUCAAAGCAACAGCGAUUUCCGAGUACUGACACCAAUGUCUUCAACGGCCAGAUCAACUGCAUCUUCAUCUAGCGAGUAUGUUCUGGUCCCCUUAACUGGUAAUUUGUCGGAAUUCUCCUCUAUUCCGGACCUAGACGACAGCAAUACCCAGGACAGUGUGUUUAGUGACUGUGAUUCUAAGAGCAGUACCAUCCGAUCAGAGUAUACUUACACCAGGCCCCACUGUGAUCAAUCUGCCAUUAGAUUUUAUUCUCUGGAAGAGGAAUCAUCCAUAAGUUCCGUAGACAGCAAGAAGGAUGAACUCGCUCUUCCGCCAACUGUAGAGGAACCUAAACCGGAACCCCUCCCCACGGAACCAGACAAAAGACCAAAGAGCGGAAAACGGCCCAAAAGUAGCGGGUCUCGUGGAUCCCGAGGGAAAAGCCCAAAAGCCAGAGGAAAGAGCUCUAAAAAGAGUGCGAAAGGUAAAAAAGAAAAGGAACCUGAACCUCCACCCCCUCCUCCUCCCGAGCCGGAAAAAACGGAGAAACCACCGGAAGUCAAGAAACCUUUGAAAGGUCCCCAUUGUUGGGUGGACGAUAUGACUAUAACCAGUGAAUCUGUGAAGGAUCUGGCAGACGACACUUCACAAACGAAAGGGGAACUAGCUCAAUCCCGACUGGGCAGCGCCAAAUCGAACGAAAUCAAACAGGAAGACAAAGAAAAUGUGCCCUUGAUCAGCAAGGAAGAUAAUGGCGUCAUUGCAGAAGACUGUAUAGAAUUGCCUAAAUUUCUCUGUCCUAGUUCAGAACUUAAAUCAAAACAAGCUGCAAUAAAAGACUGGUUGGCCAGAACCAAUUUUGUUUACUCUAGUAGAUGUGUGCCAUUACUUUAGGAAAUCUAAAUAUUAGCAUUCACUUCAAGCAAUACCCCCUUUGUAUGAUAUUAUUAUUACUGGUAUAUACAAUUAAAAAUAAAAAUUCAGCGUAUGUUCCACAGUAUGAUACAGCCAUUAUUAGAUGUAGACAGUGACUCAGUAAGAAUUCGGCGGGCUUCAGUGAUAUUCAGCCAUUAUUGAAUGCAGAUACUGACUCGGUCAAACUUCAGUAUACAUGUAUGUUUCACAGUGUGAUCCAGGCAUUAUUGAAUUAGGAACUGAUGCUUCGUGUUGAAUCGAAUAAAACUACAUACAAUCCAA